GAGACUCUACCCAAGCGUUCAAAACUUUGGAACCAAGAAAAGAUCGACGACCGCAUCAACUAGUGUAUGAUGGCUGAUAUAGUGUACAGGCAUGCACGAUUGGAAGUUUGGAAGGUUCUUCGGCUCUCGGAACGUCCAGUGGCGUUAUCCUACUGCAGUGGAAGGUUUGGCUUACUCUUUGCGAUACACAGCCUCAUGAGCUGAAAUGACUGGUGAGGAAACCACGAGGAACGGCUGAUGGCUGAUGGCGGGUUCUGGAAAUAGAAGUCGAUGUUGUGUGAAAGAUGCAUCUGUCCGUCUGGAGAGACAACGGAGUGGUUGAUUACCGAUUCGACCCGACUUACUCUUGGGAUAACGUUGUCGGUCACAUGUUGCUCCUUACACUGUUCGUCUGCUACGAUGAUGAAGCGACGCAGCUGUUUAGUAGACCGUAUGAUUGAAUGUAUAAAUAUAAUGAAAGGGAAGGAGAA